UGUCUAUGGACUUGACAGAACAGUUUUUGUGACAUCCUCACCUGUGUCAUAGUUUGUGUUUCCAUUCUGCUAAGUAAAAAUAAUAGUUAAAAUUCAAUUAAUACGUGUUUUUGUGACUAUAAUGAAAAAUACAUUUCCGUUAACCACACAAUGUAUUUUUUUUUAAUUCAGUUAAGUAAAAAAAUAAGGUCAAGAUAACUUUGUGCACCAUGUCGAACCGAAAUAUGCGUAAAUUGUGCGGCGGGAACACGCUGCCGCCUCCCGAUGAUGACGACUCCGAUAAUGACUUCCAACCAAAGUGCGUCCAGAACUCCGUCAAAUCGAAAUACGAGGGGUUGGAGAUUAGCGACCAUUCCGAGCCUCAAUCUGAAAUGGAGCAGGAGUCCAGUGAUGCAGCAGUCCACGAAGAGAUUGUCCAGCCCUCAACUUCAUUCGAUAAUCCGCCCUCGACGUCAUCCGACAACCAGCCUGCAACCUCGUCGGGCAAUCAACCCUCAUCCAAAAAUAAAAAGAAUAAAGAAAAGAAGAGGUUAAAGAAAUUGAGGAAGAGUGGACAGGGCGUUGAAUUCAAACCCGGCAUGGACGAAAUAGAUCGUUCGGUUCUAGAAGUGAACGCUAUGUUCGGCGAACCGGAGCCAGCUAACGAGAAGCCCCCAGAGAAAAUGUCCGAUUUCAUGACCGUGCAAACGAAAUAUCUCAGUGCGGCCAACGAGUAUCGAAGGCUGUUCGGUCCCGACGAAGACGAAAGAAGAUACCAACCAGGUCACGGUGCGAAAUUGCGUCGUUCUAUAAUCGUUCCAUUCACAGAAGAUGCUUUCAAGAAUUAUAAGAACGGUCUCUCGAUGUCCAUUCUUGAACGCAAGGAAGAUAUAACGUACUUCGUAUUUAAUCACAAUGAUUAUUACCAGAAGAUGCAGCGAAUGUUUUUGUUCGUUUUACACAACCGAGUCGGCAACAUGUUUCUUCCAAUCGAUAGAGCGUCAAAAGAUAUGCAUGUUGAUUUCAUGCUGGAGGUGUUGGAUAACUAUUUCCGCGUUGAAGAAUAUACAGGAGCCGCUACAAUAAUGAACAUCAUAAUAUCAUUCCUGCAAUACUGUUCUCAUCCACUGUUCGAUCUGACAGACUCACACGUCCGCCUCGAGUACAAAUAUGUUGAGAACAGGCCAUUCCACGUUGCAAUUCUGAAAUAUAUCUACAUGCUGACAAAUAAGGCAUGUCAUCGCACCGCCCUCGAGCUGGCCAAAGUAAUGCUGAACAUCGAUCCGUCUGACCCAUGCGGUGUGAUGCUCAUUGUGGAUGUCCUAGCCUUGCGUGCCCGGGAGCAUCUCUGGCUAGUCCAGGCCUACGAGGCGUGGGCUGUCGAGAAAGACGCGAGCAGCCUCUUCAACAUGCAGUACUCUUACCCGUUAGCGCUGUUCCACAUCGCUGUUAAGCAUAAAGCUAAUUUAUAUCCAGAUCAAUUGCUAAAACAAGCCAUAAUGGGCUACCCGACCGUGAUGCUGAAGAUUCUCGAAAACUGCAACCAGCUCACUCCUCGCAUUUCCGAGCACCCGAUCUUCACUACUUUCGGAACGAUGACUACCGCAAACGAUCUUCAAGAGCUUAUCAAUUUCUAUGCCAAGAUGGCGUACGGGAAAUGGCGCGAACCGCCAGUGAUGGAUUGGCUGAUGACGGUUUUGAACGAAUUGCUUGAUGAAUACGAGACCCAGCCCCACAUUCAGGUUCGCUGCAGGAUCUUCUCCAAUGAGCGCAUGAACAUCUACAGAGGGUACCCGUUGCAAGUCAUCCGCCACUUGGCCAUCAUCUCGCCCCUAUGGAAGUUCAUCAUCGACGAGGAACCGCCUCGUAUGAUCCAAGGCGUCGCUUCGAAUCCAAUACCGCCCGUCGAGUCCAUCGAUCGCUAUGAAUACGAACAGACAGACAGACGAAUUUUCAACGGUACCCGUAGCAUUUGGUACAGCUUCUUCUCAUCAAUAAAUCCGAACCACAGAAUGUAUAAUGGAACUCGUCGGUCAGAAAGAAUGUGGACAGGACUAUUCGACGAUAUCAGUCCAUCAUAUCGCAGAACUUGCAUUGGGCACGAGCUCAAUCGGAAGCGACAAGCCGAAGAUCGUUAUCAGGAAUCUUUGCUUCGGGCUAUAUCAGUUACUCAUGAUAAUAAUUUAAACAAUUUCACGAAACUUCUGCUGAAAAUUUAUGCGAAAUUCGCAUCUCAAUGUGGACGAUCGGAACAAUCUUUAAGUAUCCGUCCACCUUACGUAGUUCCUCGGGAUCAAUUACCGUCUUUCAUUCAACGGUCAGUGGAAAUCGAACAAGCCGAAUUCCAUCCAAGUGGAACAGGAAAAGAACCGCAACCCGGUUCUGUUCCUGCACCAGGUCCAUCAUCUGUACCAAAAGUAAUAACCGACCCUGAACUCGGAACUGUAACUUUAACUUUGCCAGAAUCUAAUUUGAUCUUUAAUUCAUCUGAAGUAUUACGUGUCUCAUCUACUGAUUUGGUACCGGGGUCCUCAUCAGAAUCAGUAGUUGAGCCUGCUCCUGAAGUAGCACCUGGAUCGUCAUCUGAAAUUUUGCCAGAGUCACCACCGGAAUUUGUACCCGGGUUUUCAAAUGAAAUCGAACCUGGGUCUUCAUCGGAAGUGGUACCUGAAUUUACAUCUGAAAUUAUACCUGGCAAUACAAUUCAAUUCGCACUUGAGGUGUUACCAGAAGCAGUACCGGGGAUUUCAUCAGAAAAGCUACCAGGCAUUGAAAAUGAAUAUGUACCAUAUGCAACCGGCGUUGCAUCUAAUAUUGAAGACGAUUCUGACGAAGAGAUCGAUUUUACUGCGGAAAAACCCGUAAUUACCCGUGAACAAAAGACUUUAAUUGUUGAUGAGAUUAAGCCUUUCCAAAUUGAGGGUUUUAAGCCAUUACACUUUGACCUUCUCCAUAGACCAGAUCAUACGGCUGAUUUUGAUCCUCGUCGAGAUAAUAUACUUUUCGGGAUAGAGGAAGAGCUAGAGGAACCUGAUCUUGGGCGUGAGCGAAUCGAUCGCAUUCAUAACUUGCUUGCGUUGGAAGAUCUGGAUGAUGAUUCUGAGGAUAGCGAUGAUGAAAUCGAUGAUGAUGAUGAAGACGAAGACGAUGACGAUGAUGAGGACGUAUCGGAGGUGCCUCAAGACCAGACUGAACAGGCAGAAGGACAAAACAACGAGGACCGCAACAAUCAAACUCAGCAGCUCGAAGAACAGGCACAAGCUAAUCAAGAACCUACUAAUAAGGAAGCAGACGCGAAUGAACAAAAAUCGGAAGCCGACAACGAAGGUUCCGAUAACAAUCAGGCUAACUUUGAUAUGAUUCAUAAUCACCCUGCCUCUAUAUUUUGUAUAAUAGCAACCGAAUUUUGUGAGAGAUUUUCAUUUUGCGGCUUACGGACCAUAUUAUCCUUAUACCUGAGAAAUGUGUUAUGCCUCCAUGAAAAUGCUGCGACCGUUGUUUAUCACGUAUUUAUAAUGAUGUGCUAUGCAAUGCCCAUACUAGGGGCCGUGUUGGCUGAUAACUUCAUUGGGCGAUACAAGGUCAUAUUAUAUUUUUCAAUAAUAUAUUUAGUUGGAACAUUACUUACUUGUUGUUCUGCAAUACCACCGCUGAUGUUGCCACCUAUUGCAACAUCAAUGAUUGGUUUAGCUUUAAUUGCAACAGGAACUGGAGGUAUUAAACCAUGUGUUGCUGCUUUUGGUGGUGAUCAGUUCCGACUUCCCGAAGAGAAUCAACGCUUACAAAGGUUCUUCUCCACUUUCUACUGUACCGUGAACCUUGGCGGCUUUAUGGGAAUGAUUGUGACACCGGCUUUACGUAAAAGCGUCAUGUGCUUCGGUGAUGACACGUGCUACGCCCUUGGCUUUGGUUUUCCAGCAUUCUUGGUUCUCGUUUCUAUAAUAAUAUUCGUGACCGGCAAGCCUUGGUACAGAAUGAAAGAGCCCAGAGACAAUGUUACAUUGAAAUUUGUUUCUUGCGCUUGGUAUGCAUUUACGAAGCGCAUUCGAAGCGAUAGUAAGGAACUUCCUCCUGUCGAUCAUUGGUUGGAUUACUCCAUAGAAAAGUACGGACCGAAGCUUGUGGCGGAUAUGAAAGUCGUAUUCGCUAUACUAUACCUGUAUCUUCCCGUACCAAUAUUUUGGUCCCUUUUUGAUCAACAGGGAUCACGUUGGACGUUCCAAGCGUCAAGACUUCGAAGCGAAAUUUUUGGUAUAACACUAAUGCCCGACCAACUACAAGUGAUGAACCCGGCUAUGGUGCUAUUCAUGAUGCCGGUCUGUCCCGGGGGUGUCUGGCCUGUCUUCCCUAAUUUGCCACCUCUCCAUAAGAUGUUUAUCGGGGGUAUGUUGGCGGCUUUGGCUUUUGUGUCUGCGGGCAUACUGCAAAUAGGAAUCGAGCGAUCUACGUUACAAGUUCCUCAACAUCAUCACACCGGAUUGAUAUUGUUGAAUUCUUUGCCUUGCCCUGUGCACGUGACUAUUCGAGGAGAGGGCGUAGCCUCCGUUGAGCAACAAGGGACCGCCCUGAUGAUGCCUCUGCAGCACAGAGUACACACGCUCAUAGCAACCUGCCCCGCUAAUUGCGCGGGACGAGCUCUGAAAAGAUAUGUCGUUAAGGAGAAAUUGAGCACUGUGGCUGCCAUGUUUAUGCCGGUCGUGAUCGGGCAAAACUCUGACGAUCAAAUAGCAUUUUACUUUAUGGAUCCGAAUGUUUUUGCAAAGUCAUUGACAGGCAAACCCAAACUCAAGGUGGUGUAUAUUGGUAACACAGGCCCAAACAAAAACGUGUCGAUUGCUGUGGAAACUGAAAAACGUUUAAGCGAUAUAUAUUAUGUAUCAGAUGCGCCAGUCGAUCAAAUUGGCGAGUCAGCCUACAUGUGUCUGCAGCCUGGCAAAUUUAAAUGGCGUGCCUCGAGCGCUGGAGACGAAGUGUCCGGCUCUGGUGAGGGCUACCUCCGCGCCGGGGGAGUGUACGUGCUAUGUCUGCGGGAGAGGCUCGGUCGUCUCGACGCGGCCGUGCUUCACGCACCGAACCCCCCCAACGAACUCCAUCUUGCUUGGAUCGUGCCACAAUAUCUACUCGUAUCCGUAGCCGAAAUUAUGUUCGCCGUGUCUGGACUGGAAUUCUCCUUCACUCAGGCACCGAAGAGCAUGAAAACAAUAACAAUUGCCGCGUGGUACGUCUCGGUCGCUUUUGGAAACUUGAUCGUAAUCCUCGUGGCUCAGACCAAGAUUUUCGAGUCCAGGGCGACGGAGUUCUUCGUUUACGCUGCGGUGCUAGCUGUGGCCAUGCUUACGUUUUUGAAGAUGUCACGUGGUUUUCAAUCGCGGGGCGAUAAUGAAGACGGAUCUUCGACUGAGAGCCGCCCCCUUCUAAGGCACCGAUCAAGGGUAAUAUCCGUGCAUUCAUUGUCGACGGGAAGCACUCGCGUGUUUAGCCGAGGAUCUGAAAGCGUCGCGUCCUGUCUAGGAGUAAUGAAGCAAGCGCACUCUUCCCUCUGGCCUCAGCGGGCUCAUGUAAACCUAGCCACACCCACGUCCACGGAUCUAAACGUCACUACUUUAGCUAAAUAA